AUGGAUCGAGAGUGGGGAUCGAAGCCGGGGAGCGGCGGCGCCGCCUCGGCGCAGAAUGAGGCGAUCGACCGGAGGGAGAGGCUGCGGAGGCUGGCGCUGGAGACCAUCGACCUGGCCAAGGACCCUUACUUCAUGCGCAAUCACCUGGGGAGCUAUGAGUGCAAGCUUUGCCUGACGCUGCACAAUAACGAGGGAAAUUAUCUCGCGCAUACGCAGGGAAAGCGCCACCAGACCAACCUCGCCAAGCGCGCCGCCCGCGAGGCCAAGGAUGCGCCCGCCCAGCCCCAGCCGCACAAGCGCAAGGUCGCGCCCCUGCGCAAGAUCGGUACGGCCCCACUGACUUGUUUCCCUUGUUCUUCUUCCUCAUUAGACGUCAGUUGUUUCUAGGGUUUCGCUAGCUAUCUUGAAAACACUAUUCUCCCCCCACUUGUGCAGAUUGAGUGAUGUUAGGGAUCUAAAUUUCAUGUGAGGCUCUAAAUCUGUUUAUAAUUUCCUUCUUCUCCGACUCUGAAUUUUCUCCUCUCCAUAAUUACAGUGAAGAUCGGCAGACCUGGUUACAGGGUUACGAAGCAGUUUGAUUCAGAAACCAAACAACGCUCUCUUCUCUUUCAGGUAUGUCCUCCUGCAUAGUACUGUUUUAUUCUUCGUUUUAUUCUUAUGCGCCUUAUUUCCUAUGCUACUCUCAUUUUUGGGGAUUUUGACGCAUGAUAAUACGUAUAAAGUUUCACUUCAGUCUCGAAAGAUCAGUGCAUAUUGAGAAAAACUGGAUGUUAAGUUAUUCUUUGCCAAUUGGGUUUCAUUUUCCUCGGUGGAGAAUAUAGGUUGGUCAUCAUGAGCAUCAUGGCAUUGUAUUGAUCUGUAUGCUGAUUAAUGGUCUGGCAAGGUUCAUGGAAAAUUUUGAGAGAGGGAGUGAAAGUAGAAAGCGAAAUAAUUUUAUGAGCACUUUUCUUCUUCUGAUUAUGUCCCCCCUAUGUGAGAUAUAUCGUAUAUCUUAUUCUUGAUCUUAUUUUCGAGGCUCCAUUCAUUAAGUUUGAUGAGGAACGCAUUUUGGUUAAUGGAUUCAGACGAUUCAACUCUUGCGAUUUUAAUUUUUUUUCUCGAUUUUCCUACAUCUUUUCGUUCUUAAAGCAGAGAUCAUAAAAAUUUCUCAUUUACUGUGGUCAACUGGGAGCUUUUUUUCUAACCUCAUGGUAGUUCUUCAGCUAAAACAAAUGGUCCGUAUGAUGCAUACGAAGACCAAUUAUUUAUUUAUGCUAUAGUGCUAGGAACUCAGAUUGAUAAAGAUUUUGCAUCGUGCUUUUCGUCCCCUUCAGUUCCAUCUAAUUACCACCCGCGCUUUUGCUUUCUUUUGAAGUAUAUUAGCUGAUUUAUCAACAAUGAGAACCUUGCGAUAGUUGUAACUUGUUGACCACACAAUAUGUAGCAUUUUUGGUUUUGACUCUUCAUUGUAACACUCAUUAAGCUUAGCCCUUAAAUAAAUGCAAUGCCAAUUUCAGAUCAGAUAGCUGUUUCUGUCAUUUUUCAUCAGCUUGAAAUAAUCACUUUUUAUGAGUCCAGAUUCAUAAAUAAAUAAAUAAAAGUGAAGUGGGUGGACUGAUAUUGAAAUGAACUUUUAUUAUUAAAAUGAAUUGGAACGAGAAAGGCAAAAAGUGGAUUAUGGUAAGACUUUCUUAAGGCAAGGAGAAAAUGGUCUGUAUUAUGGCACUACGUGAAAUUUAAGGUUUUGGUAAGAAUGAUAGGAUCAGUAUUUCGUUGAGUGCCCGUAGAUCUGAGGGGUACGUUUAUGGAUCAUCUGGCUUUUGGCUUAUCCACGUCCUAGUUGGAAUACCAUACGAAAAAUCUCUCUUAUUUGUUCAUCUGUCUGCCUCAAAUGGUCUUAUUUGUUCUGUCGUUCAGCAUCUUCGAUACCUUGUGUGGACCUGUCCAAUGACACCUAGCCUGCAUAGUCGCCAAGUUUUAUACGUAAUGAAAAUUGGGAUGAAGUUUAGAAAUGGUACAAAAACCCCAAUCUCUAAAGCCAAGAAAUUAACUCGGAGUCAUGGCUUCAUCAUUCACGGUCUUUGGUUCAACUGUUCCACCCUUUGAUCAGAGCAGUAGAACUAAGAGACUAGCUGCUGUAGAUAUCUCAAAGUAAUGACCAAGUGCCGCCCCAUAUUAUCAUGCUUGUUUUAACUCCUGACAUUCAUUCUUUGAAGCUAACUACUCGCUUGAACUCCCCUCUUAACCAUGGCAUCAUGAUUGGUAGCUAAGAUUUAUGCACAUAGGCACUGUUCAUAAGGAAGGGAACUCGCUCUAUCCAAGCAUGUUGCCCUGUUUUUAGUCUCAUCGAUGAUCCAUCUGGUAGCUGUUACUUUUAGCAUAAUCUGUGUUGGGAGGUCUCAUGAGAUGAAACAUAGAAGCAAAGGCAUUAGUGCAUGCCCAUCACUUCCCCUUCAACCCCCAGUUUUCGAAGAAGCAAAUCGGCGACUCCUGGGAAUGAUUUACGAGAUGUGGGUUUCUUUAUGUUGAUAGAAGACGCCCACGCGUGACUCUCUGCGUUGCCUGUUGAUGUGAUCAUCCAUAUUAAUUUGCAUAACCUUCCACCACGGCCUGUGACUGUGACUGCAGAUUGAGUACCCUGAAAUCGAGGACCUCGCGAAACCAAGGCACAGGUUCAUGUCAUCCUACGAGCAGGUAGGUGCUUCUACAUCCCCAUGAUCCAUAGAAAAUGCCCAGCAACAACGGAAAAUUCUAGCCCUUGACGGAAUGAAUGCCCCUCUCCUCCCAGAGAGUCGAAUCCUUCGACAAGAGGUACCAGUAUCUCCUCUUCGCCGCCGAGCCCUAUGAGAUCAUCGCCUUCAAGGUUGGUUGGUCAGGCUGCGCUCUACCUACCUAAACCCGUCCCGAGUUCUUCUCACUGUAAGUGAGUCUUCUUCCUGCUCAGGUUCCCAGCGCGGAGAUCGAUAAGUCAACGCCGAAGUUCUUCUCUCACUGGGACCCCGACCUGAAGACCUACAUGGUUCGUCGACCGCCCCUCCCCUUCCUCUACCCCGUUGCCUAUCUUUUUCUAACGUUGGGUAUCAUUUGGCAGCUGCAGCUGUACUUCAAGGUGAAGCCGGCGGAGGGGAUCAAGCCGCCGCCGGCCAACGGCGCCGCGGCACCCGGCGCUCCGCCGAGGCCUCUGCCUCCGCCUCCGCAGGGCCUACCGCCGCCGCCGCCGCCCCCGCAGGUGCCUCCCCCUCCGAUGGCGAACGGCCCGCCCAGGCCGCUCCCUCCCCCGCCGGUCGGCAUGAUGCCCAGCUUCACCCCGGGGCUGCAGAUGAACCGCCCGCCGGCGGCCCAGAGCUUCCCGCCCCCCCCUCCUAACCCGCCAAAGUAA